AUGGUACAUAAACAACUCCCAAGACAAGAACAAAGUACCUAUUCUCCAUAUUAUUAUCCGAAUUUCUCUAGGUACAAUUAUCCUUCAAAGAUUGGAGAUGAGGAAGUAUACACCGAACCUAAAUUUUCAUUUCCUCAUUGGGACGACGAAGUUUCCGGAUAUACACCACUAACUCGUCGUAGACGAGCCUCUUUUCCUACGAUUUAUGGAAACGUUGAAGAAUUUAUUAAUACGUCAUCAACAAUUAAUAAUCAAGAAAUAACGAAUAAUCAGGAAGCCGAGCAAGAAGAUGAGGGAGAAUCAACAUGUGAUAAAAUUCAAACAGAUAUCGAGCUCGCACGUCGGGAUCAGAAGACCGAUUACGACCAAUUUCGUAGAGCUCACGCCACUCUUCAUGAUGAUAUUCGUGCUUUACAACGAGAAAUAGAAGAAAUUGAAGCAAUGUGUAUGUCAUCUGGAUGGAAUUCAAUAAAAGAUAGAGAUGCUCGACGUCAAUCUGAACCAACAUCUACAGUAACUGGUUCUUUGAUGGCAGCAGCAGUAUUUAAUGGACCUAGUCGUACAUUAUCAUCAACGUCUGCUACCGCAGCAGCACGUGGUCAACGCAAAAGAAGGCAAAAUCGUGCAGAGAGUUUUAGUGGAAAAUGUAUAGGUGCCGAAGAUGGUUGGCCACAAGAAAAAGUGCAAAAUGAAUGGAUUCGAUGUUAA